GGCUGCCGGCAAACGCCGAACUCAGAACCACUAAUGACGGAUAUGCACGCGUGGCAUAUGUUGUACUGUUACCCUCAUACAUCAUGGUCGACAUGAGCUUCAGAACGUCUUCAGGCUACUCGAUACUAUACGUCAGCGCCACCUUGAAACACAAUUGGCUGUCGAGGCGCUCCCCCAGCUGCGUUCUACAAACUAAAAGCUGUUCUCUCGAAGCUGCAAUGUCCACCUCUGCUUCCAUGGUGGACGUCUAUCGGAUCCCUCGAGCUGUGGUGAAUACACAGCAUACAUGGUUCCAGAGAGCUGGCUCCAUAGGAUUCUAUCGAUGGAAGGAUUUCGCUGAGCUCAAAACCCUCACUCAGCGUCAUCCUGCGCCCCUCGGGGCGCCCACAUGCAUACAGCAUGAGUUCUGUAUAUAAAGGCCCUUCGGCACAUGCAAUAUCGCACAACAUCUCCCCAGAACCAACAUGGCAGACGAGCUCGUACAGCAAGUCCUCGCCCUCCUCGCUCAGCCAACGCUCGUGGGAUCCCACAGUUGCGCCGAAGACGCUUCUAACGCAACCCUGACCGCGAGCGGCGACAUUCCCAGCCCCACCCAAGGA